AUGAACCUUCUCUGCCACACCAUCGGGGUUCUUUACCACACGCCUCUCUGUUAUCUCACCGAAGCUGAACUGAGCAAAGCUUCCAAGGAUUUGUAUGAUCUGACACAAGCCGGUUUUAAGCUGGACUGGUUGCAUUCUAAGCUCGACAACGUUUCCUCAGAGAAGAAGGCUUCUGAAGAACGGAUUAAGGAACUCAAACUAGAGGUCAAUCAACUCGUGAUGACCAUGUCUGAUCUCAAAGAUGAGAGGAAAAAGGAGAAGACGAAGUUGAAGAAGCAACCAAGCUGGAUUCACUUGGCCUAA